AUGGAAACAACUGUAAAGAAAAAGAGUUUGAGCAAGCAUAAUAAAACUCUGCCAAGUGCUGGAAAGGCCCCUGCUAAUAUCUCUACCAUUCUGCCUUCAAAACAGAUUGCAACAUCCAGUGUGUCAGAUCUUCCCACAGUUUUGCCAGAAAUAGUGAGUUUAGAUUCCAUAGUAAAAGCAAGCCCUGGGAAAAGGAGACCAGGCACUGUAAUAAUAUCAAAACGGUCAAACACUGCAAGCAUGUCUCAGAGUCAGUUGAAUCGACCAGUCAUUCCAUCAAAGAGACCUGGCUUUAGGGUGUGCUAUAUCUGUGGCAGAGAAUUUGGGUCACAAUCUCUUGCCAUACAUGAACCCAAAUGCUUGGAGAAGUGGCAUAUUGAAAAUGACAAAUUACCAAAGCAUCUCAGAAGAGCAGAGCCUGCUAAACCUCAGUCCCUUACUGGUGGCACCUAUGAUAUUAAGGCUGCAAAUGAGGCAGCUUAUCAGAGUGCUCAAGCUCAGCUCUUACCCUGUGAAAACUGUGGUCGCACUUUUCUUCCUGAUCGUCUCCCUGUGCACCAAAGGAGUUGCAGACCAAAGGAUGGUGGCCUGGGCCCUUCAAGCUCUAACCCCCCUAAAUCUGUUAAAGGCCCUAGCUCUGGCCUUCCACCCGUGAUCAGACGGCCACCCACUGUUGUUUGUUACAUAUGUGGCCGUGAGUUUGGAACUAAAUCUAUUGGCAUCCAUGAACCACAAUGUCUGAAAAAAUGGCAUAACGAGAAUGACAUGCUACCCAAACAUUUACGAAGACCUGAACCUAAAAAGCCAGAAGUCAGAUCCUUAGGAGCCAAAGGUUUCUAUGAUCUUGAUGCUCUAAAUGAGGCUGCCUGGAACAGUGCCCAGAGCCAGUUAGUUCCAUGUGAUAUUUGUGGGCGUACUUUCCUGCCAGACAGACUGAUUGUCCACCAGCGGUCCUGUAAACCGAAACCAGCAAAGUAA